CAAAACCAAGUAUUGUAGAAGAAGAAGAACAGACAACUAUUAACUGAUUAAGUAGCAAAAAUGGCAGCCGCAUCUGGUUCGCAACCAAGGCUUCUCUCGUCCUUCGCCGGCGACCGUCUUCUCCCUUCCAGAUUACCCCUCCCUCAUCUCUUCGGCUACAAAACAGGAGGUGGGCAUCAUGUGUCAAUGCGAUUCUCCAGGGCGCUUUCUGGAUUAACCAACCUUGUAUUCAACAGAAGAAUUGUAGAAGAAGUACCAAACGCCAAGAGGAAACGUCUACUCCCGGGGAAACUCUCUCCCCGUCGACCUGUCCCUGAUAAUAUUUUGAAGCCUCCUUAUGUCGACUCUCGGCAGUCUCCUGGAAUCUCGAGCGGAGCUGAAGUGCAUGAUGAAAUGGGGAUAGAAUGCAUGAGAGCUUCUGGAAGACUUGCAGCACAAGUGCUUCAGUAUGCUGGGACUCUAGUAAAGCCAGGUGUAAAGACUGAUGAAAUUGAUGAAGCAGUGCACCAGAUGAUAAUUGAAAAUGGUGCAUAUCCGUCGCCUCUAGGAUAUGGUGGAUUUCCAAAGAGUGUGUGCACGUCGGUUAAUGAGUGCAUUUGCCAUGGCAUACCAGACUCUCGUGAGCUAGAGGAUGGUGAUAUAAUCAACAUUGAUGUCACAGUUUACUUAAAUGGUUAUCAUGGUGAUACAUCAGCAACUUUCUUUUGUGGAGAUGUUAGCGAUAGUGCCAGAAAGCUUGUUCAGGUAACCAAAGAAUGUCUGGAUAAAGCAAUCUCGAUUUGUGCACCAAGGGUGGAGUUGAAGAAAAUUGGCAAGACUAUACAGUAAGAACGCUCACUUUAGUACUUUGUUCAUUCUUCGCUCUCCCAUUAGUUAAUUUGAGCAGAAAUGUGGGGAAGAUAGCAUUGUUUUAGCAACUAGAGCUCAUCUGAAUCGGCCAGUUCAAUGUGGCAUGUUUUCGUGCGGACAACAAUACUUUCUCUUGAAUAUUUGUUAUGUUGCUUAGUCCAGUGUCUUGUGAACAGUACUUACUUGUAUUUGAACUUUAUGAUGAAAUCACUGACACGUUUCCUAAUUCUUCAGUUCAUCCCUGAGACGGCCCAGUACAUCCAUCACUUGGAAUUGAUAUGCCUUAAUUGCUUACUAAAUCGUAGUUUAUAUGCUCUUUCCAAGUGAUCAUGCAGAUAGACAUCGGUACGGUGUUGUUAGGACCUUUGUUGGCCACGGUGUUGGACGUGUUUUCCAUGCUGAUCCAGUUGUACUUCACUACAGGAACAGGGAGGGUGGACGCAUGAAGUUGAAUCAAACCUUUACAAUCGAGCCCAUGCUGACAAUGGGCAGCAUUAAUCCGGUGAUGUGGGACGAUGACUGGACGGUGGUGACCGAAGAUGGAAGCCUGUCAGCUCAGUUUGAACACACCAUUCUCAUUACUGAAGGUGGAGCUGAGAUACUGACACAAUGCUAAUGACAAACUAGCAGAAUAAUGUGUUGGGCCAAAAAUGCUUUCCAGAGCAUGCAUUCUGAUUCUUUGUACGUCGUAGAAGGUAUAUUUGGUUGAUUGGAAUGAAUUGUACCGUCUCUCUCAAGAAGAAACUUUUGGAUCCAAAUAAGUUUUACAUGCGGUAUUUUAAGCAAAUAUUAAUAUUUCGUAUGAAGUAUUAAUAUAACAUAUUGAA